AUGGAGGGCGGGCCAAUGAUGAUGCGGAAUUUUCAGGUAAGCAAGCCUGAACUUGGAAAGACUCGAGCACAUUUCUGGCCCGAUAAUAAGCCUUUGCAAACGUUGGCCUUCUUACAGAAUAUACAUGCUCUGGGUAGUGGCAGCUUCGGCACAGUACGCCUUGUUAAGGAUGUCAACACCGAUAAGCAUCUUGCAAUGAAGAUCCUAAACAGACGUGAUGCCAGCAAGUAUGUGGAAGAUGAGAUUGUUAACCAUAGUCUCCUUCGGCACCCGCACAUCGUGCACUUCCGCGAGGUGUUCAUCCACGACGAUUUCUUGUGCAUCGUCAUGGAAUACGCGAACGGAGGUAGCUUGUUUAACUUGGUCCGCACACAGCGACGACUGAAGGAGAGCAUGGCCAGGUGGUUUUUCCAACAGCUUAUCCUUGCUGUCGACUAUUGCCACAAGCGUGGUGUCGCGAACCGUGACAUCAAGCUGGAGAACCUGCUGCUACACACGGAGGAGGGUUUGCCGCACCCGUUGCUGAAGAUGUGUGACUUCGGGUACAGUAAGGCCGAUUUCAGGUCGGCUGCUAAGAGCCAGGUCGGCACGGUGAGCUACAUGGCCCCCGAGGUCAUGAAGAGCUGCGGAAGGUUAUACGAUGCCAAGGUGGCCGAUGUGUGGAGCUGCGGCGUCGUGCUCUACGUCAUGCUCUACGGCGUCUACCCCUUCGACAACCAGGGUGAAGAGCAGGGGCUCAGCGAGGCGGAGAAAGUCCGCAGGAUGCUGAAGCGCAUGGAGACGGAGUCGUACGUCCUCAGCCCCGGAGUGCAGGUGACGGAGGAGUGUAUCGAUAUGCUACGGGGGCUGCUCAAACCGGCUCCGGAGCAGCGGUUCACGAUUGAGAAGAUCAUGGAGCAACCCUGGUUCAAUAAGAAGUUGCCGCCGCAGGCUCGGGAAAUGAACGUGUACUACCUGAACCUGCCCGUGCCCCCGGAGUACCAACAGCCGGAUCAGAUUAAGAAGUUGCUCGAGGAGGCGCGUGCGGUGGGCGGACGGGGAUGUGUGUUUUAA